AUGAUACACAAUCAUGAAGUCAUCUAUAAUCCUGCGUUUGAAGAUGACAGUAACUAUGACGUGCAGUGCGAUCUUACCGACCAGUUCGAAGAAAUGUUUCCUGAUAAGUGCUUCGAUACGUUCGACGAGUUUUGGAAUCAGUUAAAAACGUUUCAGGCGAGAAGUGCAGAAUACCACGUCCAGGCCGACGUCACUACGGAAUUCGUAGAGACCUUUGCCUCUGGCAGGUUCUCAACUUACAAUGAUUUCCUGCUUCGCUUGGAGGAAUUUCAACAGGUUUUCCCUUAA